CGGGUUUGGAAUCGAAGCAGCUUCAAGCAACGGGGCGGAGAUACUGGGGGAAGCGAACGACAGAACCGAGAGUCAUUCAGGGUUAAAAUAUUCCGCCUUGGGGGGGUGGGGGAGGACAUACUGCCAACCCGGCUACGAGAUUGGGCCUGCCGAGCCUGCAACACAGGAAAACAUGGAGCUCGAGAAUAUCGUGGCCAACACCGUCCUGUUAAAAGCAAGAGAAGGUGGAGGUGGUAACAGAAAAGGAAAAAGCAAGAAAUGGAAACAGAUGCUUCAGUUCCCCCACAUCAGCCUGUGCGAGGAGCUUCGGCAAACUACAGAGAAAGACUACAACAGCCUUUGUGAAAAGCAGCCAAUUGGACGCACGCUCUUCCGGCAGUUCUGUGAAACCCGGGAUGAGCUGAGGCGCUGUGUCAAAUUCCUGGACGCUGUGGCAGAGUAUGAAGUCAGUCCAGAUGAGAAGAGGAGGGAGUGCGCUCAGGAGCUCUUAGACAAGUACUUCAACCCAAAGUCAGAGGAUCACGUCCCUGAGCUGGGGGAGGACAUGGUGGGCCAGUUUUCAGCGAGAUUGGAGCAGGAGCUGGAGCCCUGUAAAGAGCUCUUCAAUGAAUGCACCAAACUGAUCCAUGACUACCUGAGUGUGGCUCCCUUUGCGGACUACAUUGACAGCAUGUACUAUAACCGAUUCCUUCAGUGGAAAUGGCUUGAGAGACAGCCAGUCACCAAGAACACUUUCCGACAGUACCGGGUGUUAGGGAAGGGCGGCUUCGGCGAGGUCUGUGCAUGCCAGGUGCGUGCCACAGGGAAGAUGUAUGCAUGUAAAAAGUUGGAGAAGAAGAGGAUCAAGAAGAGGAAAGGAGAGUCCAUGGCAUUGAAUGAGAAGCAGAUUCUAGAGAAAGUCAACAGUAGAUUUGUAGUAAGUUUAGCAUACGCAUAUGAGACGAAGGAUGCUCUGUGUCUGGUACUGACGCUGAUGAACGGGGGCGACCUCAAGUUCCACAUCUACCACAUGGGAGAUGCUGGCUUUGAUGAGAAAAGGGCUGUGUUCUACGCUGCAGAGCUGGUGUGUGGCCUGGAGGACCUUCAUCGAGAGAGGAUAGUAUAUAGGGACCUGAAGCCUGAAAAUAUACUACUUGAUGACUAUGGCCACAUCCGGAUAUCCGAUCUAGGCCUGGCCGUCCAUGUACCUGAGGGACAGAACAUCAAGGGUCGUGUGGGCACCGUGGGCUAUAUGGCUCCGGAGGUAGUGAAGAAUGAGCGCUAUACCUUCAGCCCCGACUGGUGGGCCCUGGGCUGCCUGCUGUAUGAGAUGAUUGAGGGUCAGUCGCCCUUUCAACAGCGCAAGAAGAAGAUAAAGCGUGAGGACGUGGAGAGGCUGGUCACAGACGUAGAGGAGGAGUAUUCAGACAAGUUUUCCGAGGAUGCCAAGUCCCUGUGUAAAAUGCUGCUGGUCAAAGAGCCCAGUGAGCGGUUGGGCUGCCAAGGGGAGGGGGCGGCGGAGGUGAAGGCCCACAUUAUCUUUCGAUCCAUCAACUUCAAGAGGCUGAAGGCUGGCAGGCUGAAGGCCCCCUUCAUCCCUGAUCCCCAGGCCAUAUACUGUAAGGAUGUGCUGGACAUCGAGCAGUUCUCCACAGUCAAGGGGGUGGAGCUGGAGCCCAAAGAUGACUCCUUCUACUGUAAAGUGUCCACAGGGAGCGUGUCCAUCCCGUGGCAGAUGGAGAUGAUCGAGUCCGAGUGCUUUCAAGAGCUCAAUGUGUUUCACACUGACGGGACCGUUCCCCCGGAUCUGGACUGGAGAGGCCAGCCCUCACCGCCUCCUAAACAGGGGCUGCUACAGAGGCUUUUUGGGAGACAGGACUGCUGUGGGAACUGCAGCGACAGUGACGAGGAGCCUACCAGGCUGUGACUGAGCAUCCUCCUCCCAGCUGCACCGAGUAUCUCAUUUGUUUACAGAUUUUGCACAUUUGUAUUUUUAAUAUAGUUCUAUAUAUAUACAUAUAUAUA